AUUUACAUUCAGUAUUUAUUAUUCAGAAUACUGCAGUCACGGUCACAAUAAUUACUUGUAAUACGCUACAAGAACUUUCACUUGUAAAUUUCUGUGCUUAACUUUUUUUAAAUGGAUAGUGCAGCAGGGUUGUCAACAAUGAACGAAAGCCAGAACUCCACUGAUUUGAAUCUGCGGCUUAGAGAGAAUAUAAUGCGACUAUUCAAUGGCGUUGAAGAAAACAGCGCACAUUUACUGCACCAUUUCCUUGACAAGUGGGUUACCAUUAAUGAUCAAAGGAGCAUGCUGAUCCACAUGAUGCAGCUUGGAAAAGAUACAGAAUUCAAAAGCUAUGCUGCUGCAAUAGUGUCCCGCGAAAUGGGUUCGACAAGCCCUUCAAGUGGCACUCUAACCCAAAGCUCGGUCAAGCGGAACCACCAAGAUGCGUUAACCAUGGAAACGGAUGAGCCUUAUUCGACCAACCUUAAAAGUUCUCCAACAAACCGUAUGACAUCAGAUCCGCAGUCUUCCUUGGCCAAACAUAAAUCAAAAAUUACUUUCACCAUUGCCGUCGUUGGAAGGGAAAAUGUGGAAAAAUCACGUCUAAUUCAAAACCUGUUGACACUGCACGGACAAACACAUACUGGAAGCGUGCCAAAACCGUCUGUUGAUUUUGUGCAGUAUCAGUUGGCUGAAGAUUUGACAGUGACGGAACUUCCGUCGCUUGGACAGGUAAAGUAUCCCAUGAAAGACUUCUGCGAGGCCUUUCAGAUACGGGGAUAUGACCUGGUCGUUCUGGUUGUCGGCAACCGCUUUCGAGAACAUGAUCAAGAAAUAAUCAAAACGGUCAGCAAGCCCCCAUACCCGCUUCCACUAAUCGUCCUCAGCUAUGCCACAGCUGCCAAUAAGUAUGCGCAGAGCUGGAGCAGUUAUAAGCCGAAUUCCGGUGUGGAUGGAGAAAUUAAUGCCUAUCUGAACAGAAACAUGUACAGCAACGCCAACGCAUUUGUGCUUACGGCCGGCAUCGAGCUGGCUAACCAAAAUAGUUGGGAGCGCGAUGAACAAAUGUUUCUACACAAAAUAGACACGUGCUAUGAACAUUUUCGUAAAGGCAAGACCAAUGAAUUGGUACGGGUAUAAAUAUCAGUUAUAAAAGGAACUUAAAAAAUUCGAACCAGCUAUUUAAAGAGCGUUCGAUUUUUGUUUGAAUACAGAUUAUGUUAGCUGUGUGAAAAUGGAUUUAAUCUAUGCUUUUGCUCUUUUCUUAUUGCACAACGAUUGUUGCGGUAAUUUAAGAUAACUCUGCAUUCAGCAGGGCAAACAGAGAGUAAAAUGCAUUGUACUGACAUGCUG